AUGGUCAAAAUGUUGUCGGCCGCAAUGGGUGCGGUUGGGCUCGUAAGCUGGGUCGCCGAUGCUCAGUUUCCCCCAACACCCGUUGAUGUCACCGUGCUGGAUUCGCGGCUAGAAGAUGGUGUUAGAAUAUCGUACAAGGAAAACGAUCUUUGUGAGACCACUGAAGGCGUCCGAAGCUUCUCAGGCUAUGUUCACCUUCCCGCCAAUGCCCUUGCCGAUCUUGGUGUACGGAACCAGACCUAUGAAAUCAACACGUUCUUCUGGUUCUUCGAGUCGCGAAAGGACCCUGCGAAUGCGCCAUUAUCGAUUUGGAUGAACGGUGGCCCAGGCUCGAGUUCGAUGUUGGGUUUGCUACGCGAAAAUGGACCUUGUUUCAUCAAUUCAGAUUCGAAUUCAACCUACCUCAAUGAAUGGUCUUGGAAUAACGAGGUUAACAUGCUUUAUCUCGAUCAACCCGUCCAGGUCGGCUUGAGCUACGACAAGCUGACCAACAUCACCACCAACAUGGACACUGGAGAUCUCGAAAUUGCCGACUUCUCCGACGGUGUCCCAGCUCAAAACGCUUCCUUUUACGUCGGCACAUAUCCUAGCCAGGACUCUAAUCUCACCACACGCGGCACCGAGAACUCUGCACGGGCUCUCUGGCAUUUUGCGCAGACUUGGUUUCAAGAAUUCCCAGAACACAAGCCAAAUGACAGUCGCAUCUCCAUUGCUACGGAGUCUUAUGGUGGCCGCUACGGCCCCGCAUUUGCAGCUUACUUCCAGGAGCAGAAUGAAAGGAUAGAGAAUGGAACAUGGACUGAAUCUGGCCAAACGCACCUUCUAAACCUUGACACUUUGUUAAUCAUCAAUGGCUGCCAUCAAUGA